CAUUUCCCAUACACUCGGUGGUGGGUUGUAAGAAAUGUCACAGUAAAUGUGACUACUAAUUACGUCUUUCACGCUGGCUGUGCAGCAUGGUUAGAGAAUCAGGUUUGUAACUCCUGGGUAUGUUCAAUAACAUAUGCUUUUGCAAAACUGUCUGUAAGCAUGCUGCAUCAUUUUUGUUGAGGGCAAUCAGCCAGAGAAUUAGGUCUACAAUAUGGCUAUAUGGAGUGUUCAAACUUUAUUUGGAAAUAAGAUUCUUUUUCAUACUAAAUUAUCUUUGUUGUUUAGUUAAUUUUCUAAUCCACAAGCACAGUUGUAAAUGGGGCAUUUCACCACGCACCUGAUAUCAGGAACUGUUCGCUGCCAGCUUCAUGAAGCUCAUUUGAGCACUCACAAUUAGGCUUCUACCAUAUAGUUCUUCCUGUUAAGGCUGCAUUGACCCUGUGGUUUCCUGUCUCAAAAUAGCAGCUAUUUCAGUCAUCAAGUGGACUACACUGAUAGGAAAUGUUCUAGUUUGACUGAACAGCCAAACGUCACAGAUGCUGUAGAGUGAAAGGUAGUACAUUUUUCACCUACCUUAUUUUGCGAUGUAUCAUCUAAAUACCUCCUACUCCAACUCCACAUUCUCUUGGAAUACUGGCCAGGUGGUCGCCAGCUUUGUCUUAGGGCUGUGCUGUCUGGUGGGCGUCCCUGGCAACAUUGCGGUCAUCGUGGGCAUACUUCAUAAUUACAAGAAAGAGAAUUUCACUCGGAAGCUGAUACUGAACCUGGCCAUCUCUGACCUCUUGUCCCUUCUAACACUCCCAGUGUCAAUCUACUCUCUGCUGCAUGGCUGGGAUUUCGGCCAAUUUCCCUGCAAGCUCUUAUCCUACGCAGUUUACUGCUGUUUAUACACCAACGUGCUGAUGGUCACCCUGAUGAGUGUGCAGCGUUACCUGGUAGUGCUGUACAAACAGUGCUGGGCAAGACUGCGUAGGACACGUGAGAUGGUGCUGCUGGUUUCAAUGUGGGUGCUGGCAUGUCUCCUUGCCUCUCCAAACAUCCUAUCCUGGGACACUGUGGACAAGAAUAAUUUACGGAUGUGUCAAAGGAGCCCAAGGACAGAUGAGGAGAAAGUGGCUGUUCUGCUUGGGGAGACUUUGCUGGGGUUUGUCAUCCCUUUCUCCAUCCUGCUCACCUCUUACUUCUGCCUUCACAAGAAAGUGAAUCAGACCACCUUCUUCAACAACCAGAGGACGACCUGGCUGGUGACCAGCAUCGUGGCAACCUUCUUCAUCCUCUGGUUUCCCGCACAUGUCAUAAACAUAUUGGACAUCACCACCACCCUGUUGAGAACAUCCCAGCCAACUGUAUACGAAAAGUUGAAGCGCUUCAGGAGAGCCAGUGGGGACAUCGCUAAGACUUUGGUCUUCAUCAACAGCUGUGUGAACCCCUUUCUGUAUGCCUUUGCAUAUCGUCCAGUGUGCCGCAGUUCAGAGCCUGUCUAGAAGGACACUCAGGCAUGACUCGCCUGAAGAUGUCUUGGCUUCUUCCAUUUCUCCUUGGAAUCCAAGCCUUUGUGGCCGCCAUAGUUUUCCUCUUUCUGAAAGUACUGGUAAGGGCUCUAACAAUUUGAUCAUCGCAUGUCAAAAUUAACAAUCAGUAAUUCAAAAUUAUGUCUGAAUAAAGUUUCUUGGGUCCUAAGUCGCCAGAUGACUCCAUGUAUUUAGGGACCUGUUAACAACUGUUUUAAAUUCUAACCUGAGUGUUAUAGCUGUUUGCAUUUAGUAAACUUUGCUAUCCCACUGUUUUUGUGAAGGUCGACUAAAUCCUAUAUUAAGGGGUCAGUAUAUAAUCUUCCUGAUUUUCCACAUUGGCUUAAAAGUUGCAUUAUUAUUAUUAUUAUUCUUCUUAUUAUUAUUAUUAUUAUUAUUAUUAUUAUUCAUAAUAAUAAAAUUGUCUCUGCUGGUUUUUGAUUGGAAUUGGUCAGUUGAGUCCUAUGUUUGCAUUUUGUUGUUUUGUUUGUUUCUGUGUUGUUACACAAUAAGGAAGAAAACAUAACAAUGAGCAAAACUGGACAAUUUGUCUUCACAUCAUCUACAUACAAAAAUGCAGUUAUUAAUCAUUCAAUCAAUUUAGAGAGAUACCACCUCUAAAUAAGUAACCUCCUCUUAAGUUACAAGAAAUCCAGUCUGUGGUGUGUAGAGUGUCAAUCCAUGCCUUUGUCUUUGUUGUGUGACCCCCUGUAAUCCUGUAUUUUGUAUCAUUCUGUAUGUCUUACCUGUUUGUGUUAUGUAUGCACCUACUGUGUCCUCCUUGAGGACAAAUUAUUUAUCUAUCUAUCUAUCUAUCUAUCUAUCUAUCUAUCUAUCUAUCUAUCUAUCUAUCUAUCUAUCUAUCUAUCUAUCUAAUGUUCUGUAUGGAACUGUUCACUGCACAAAAAUCGCAAUGUAAAAUUUGUCUGUGAUAUGUGCAAGUAGAGCUGUCACCACUAUGAAU